AUGCCUGAUAUCGAAGCUCUGCGGACAGAAUGGAGGACAUUAUAUUCUAAGACCCUCCCCCAAAUGGCGAAAUCUAGAGAUCCCGCUCAAACUGUAUGGCCUGUGACUCUUGACCACUGCUUUGCCCGCAUCAUUCUCGACCGCGUAGUAGGCAAUGGUCAACAACAAUGGGACAUGGUAAUACAGAAACCAGCUAUAAGGAACAUGAACGAGCACCAAUUACGGGAUGCCAUCGCACUAGGGGAGAGGAUCCGAGCUGGACAAAUCAACCUUUCUAGCUUAGACGAGGCGAGCCUACUAUGCAGAGGCAAGAACGAAAGGAAAUACGCUAAAACAACUGCCAGUGACUCGGAGGCGGAAGCGCAAAGUCCUCACCCAGGCAAGUCAGGGUUAACUAAUGCUGGUUGUAAACGAACCAUAGGAGAGCUUGAUCCUCCUGCCCAAUCAUCAACAACAAAGAACAGAAAGACGGAGAAACACCAGUCAACUCUCAAUUUUUGGCGGGCUGAGGCUUCAACGAAAGUGGGUAGCACUUCGAACCUUGCAGAGGGGAACAGAACGUUAGCAAAGGCGAUUCAAGCAGACGAAGACGAGAUGAAGCGAACUUUACGUCGUAUCCAUGCCCAUCCCUCACUAAGUGCGUAUCGAAAGAAGCUCUAUGCUACCCUUCUUUCUGUCCCACGUGGACGCUACACGACCUACGCUGCAAUUUCUGAUUAUCUCAAGUCUUCAGCCCGUGCGGUUGGGAAUGGGAUGCGCAACAACCCUUUUGCUCCUGCCGUACCAUGUCACCGUGUUUUAGCAGCAGAUGGGAGUAUUGGCGGAUUUCAAGGUGACUGGGGAAGGGACGGGAAAUACGCCUCCAAGAAGGUUGAACUACUUCGGAGCGAAGGAGUCAAAUUCGAUGGACGUGGAAAGGUCCUCGGUGAGCCAUUUCGGGACUUUGAACAAGUGAGGCAGGUCGAGGACGGCAUCAUGUGGAACGACAACGGAGAGAGUGUUAGGCCAGGGCAACCACAACCCACUACCAGCUUUUAA